GGUGUUUUUAUCAGACGUUAAAUGGUAACGUGGCCUUUUUGAAGAUAAUCCAAAAGUAGGUAUACCGCAAUUAUGGUUCACCAAAAUUGGGCCUCUUUCGCAAUUUUGUUAGUAUUUAGUUUAUUAUUACCAUGCCAUUCGUAUUUUAUAACCGUCGAUGCACACGCUGAGGAAUGUUUUUUCGAAAAAGUAGAAGAUGGAACGAAAAUGAGCCUUCACUUUGAAACCGCCGAAGGAGGAUUUUUGGAUAUCGAUGUGCGUAUCGUCGGUCCCGAUGGGAAAGUGAUCCAUUCGGGCGAACGAGAGACUUCCGGACGAUACACGUUUGCGGCGCACACGCCGGGCGUUUAUACCUAUUGCUUCUCGAACAAGAUGUCCACGAUGACUCCCAAGAUUGUGUUGUUCAACAUGCAGAUCGGCGAGCAGAACAAACAUGAGGCACAGAAAGACGGGGAAUCAACAACAAAGCUUGAAGAUAUGAUACGCGAAUUGAGCGGUGCGCUGACUGGCGUCAAGCACGAGCAAGAGUACAUGCAGGUGCGAGAUCGUAUCCAUCGCAGCAUUAACGAAAGUACAAACUCGCGCGUCGUGCUGUGGUCGAUCUUCGAAGCGCUGAUUCUGGUUGCGAUGACUGUAGGACAGGUGUACUACCUCAAACGGUUUUUCGAAGUGCGUCGAGUGGUUUAAUAAAUUAGUGAAUUUUAAUACGUAUUUAUUAAGAACACAUUUAGCAUAGAAAAAAUCAAUCGUCUACCGCCAACUCAAGCUCGAUAUCUUCUAAGUCCAUCUCUUGUAACGUGUUGAUUAUAAAAUAUCUGGAAAACGUUA